ACACGCCGCGGGGACACCGAGACCCCCGUGGCAGCUGUGGUGGGACUCGAACUCGCAAUCUCAGCAGCGAAAGAGCGGCGCCCUCCCCGCUGCGCCACCGCGGCGGCGAGCGCGCAUGCGCGCUGCGGGAACUGCGGGAAGAGCGCAGGGGCGGCGUGGGGAGCGCUGAGUGGACGCGGGAAUCGCGCAUGCGUAGAGUGAGGCGCGAAGCCGCGAGGCGCUGGCAGAGCGCUGAGGGCAACACUGCGCCUGCGCUGAGGGCGCGGCGCGUGCGCGCUGAGCCGAGUGAGGCGCUCGUGCAUGCGCAGAGCGCCCCCGGCAGGAGGGCAGGAGGGACCAUGGCGGCGCCGUGGGAAGCGCUGAGGGCGGCGAUGGCUGCGGUGCUGCUGCUGGGCUGGGGGGCGCACGGGCUCUACUUCCACAUCGGAGAAACCGAGAAGCGCUGCUUCAUCGAGGAGAUCCCCGACGAGACCAUGGUCAUCGGCAAUUACCGGACGCAGCUGUGGGACAAGCAGUCCGAGUCCUUCCUGCCCUCCACCCCCGGGCUGGGCAUGCACGUGGAGGUCAAGGACCCCGACGGAAAGGUGGUGCUGUCGCGGCAGUACGGCUCCGAGGGGCGCUUCACGUUCACGUCGCACACGCCGGGCGAGCACCAGAUCUGUCUGCACUCCAACUCCACCCGCAUGGCGCUGUUCGCCGGGGGCAAGCUGCGGGUGCACCUGGACAUCCAGGUGGGCGAGCACACCAACAACUACCCCGAGAUCGCUGCCAAGGACAAGCUGACGGAGCUGCAGCUCCGCGCGCGCCAGCUGCUCGACCAGGUGGAGCAGAUCCAGAAGGAGCAGAACUACCAGAGGUACCGGGAGGAGCGGUUCCGCAUGACCAGCGAGAGCACCAACCAGCGCGUGCUCUGGUGGUCCAUCGCCCAGACCGUCAUCCUCAUCCUCACCGGCCUCUGGCAGAUGCGGCACCUCAAGAGCUUCUUCGAGGCCAAGAAACUGGUCUAGCCCCCCAAAACCCCCUCGGGGGGCACCCCAAAACCCACCCUCACCCCAGGGGGCUCCCCAAAACCCACCCCUACCCCAAAACACACCCCAAAACCCACCCCAAUCCUGGGGUGCUGGGGAGGGAUCCUGGCUCCCUUCUGGGACCCCAGACCCAUCCCACCCACCCUGGGGUGCUCCCUGCGGAUUUUGGGGUGCCCUGCCUGCCAUGGCAGGAGCAGAGAGGCACCACCUCCCAAGGUGGCUUUUUGGGGGGGCAAAUAAAGGGUUUUUUUGUUCCACCAA